AUGUAUCCUAAAAUUGAGGGUCUUGAUCCCGAUGAGACGAAGCGAACAUUCCAAGGAGUCUAUGCACAUUCAGCUAGAUGGGACCCUGAGACACCCCUUGAGGAUAAAGAUGUGAUUGUUAUUGGCAAUGGAUGUAGUGGUGCUCAAAUCGUUCCUGCUUGUGCCAAGACCGCAAAAUCGGUAACCCAAUUUUUCAGAGCUAAACAUUGGCUUGUGCCAACACCUAAAAUGGAUCCACUGAAAGUUCGAGACAAGGUGAACAAUGUCCUUGGUGUGCGACUCUCUCGAAUGCUACUGUUUUUGUUUUUAGAAGCGCAAUUCCCCAUGUUUAGCAACGACGGAUACUGGGCUAAUAAAGUGCGAGAUUUCAAUACUAAUAAAGCCAGAACGCAUAUGCUGAAAACGGCUCCACAAAAGUACCAUGACAUGAUCAUGCCGGACUUCAAGAUCGGUUGUAAGAGACGGAUCAUUGAUUAUGGAUACCUGCAGAGUCUCCACAAUGAAAACGUUCUUCUGUCAGACGACCCUAUUGUAUCAGUGUCAGAGCACCACGUUCACACCAAGAGCGGUAAAAGUUAUCAUGCAGAUGUCAUUUUCGCGGCCACCGGAUUUGAUGUCCAGUCGUCCAGCGGAAAUAUUCCUAUUUACGGUUUGGAUAAGGAAGAGAAUAUCACCGAGUUCUGGGAUAGGACUGGAGUGUCGGCAUAUAACGUAUCUCAAGUGGCUGGAUACCCCAAUUUAUUUUAUUUGUUAGGGCCCAAUGCUGGUACUGGACACACCUCAGCUCUGUUACAAAUCGAAAACACCCUGACCUACAUUGACAACGUGGCCGGCUAUGUCCUCAGAGGAGAAGCGAGCAGCGUCGACGUCAAACUGACGGCUUAUCUUGAAUGGAAGCGAGAGAUCAACGAGGCCAGUAAACAGACGGUGCAAAUGAAAGGCGGAUGCAGUUCCUGGUACAUCAAAAACGGCACCAACUCUGUCUUCUACCCCUGGAGCCAGAUCCGCUACUGGUGGCGAGCAGUAUGGCCAAAAUACGAAGACCAAACCUACCGCUGGACCCGCAACGACGUCAUCCAAACCAAACGUCGCCGACGACACACACUCCUGGCGGUCCUGCUCAGCAUCAUCCUCAAAUUCACCUACUUCAAGUAA